AUGGCUCAAUCCGUUGCUCCCGGCGACAUCACCACGCAGCCCGGCACGAAGAUCGUGUUCAACGCCCCGUACGAUGACAAGCACACCUACCACAUCAAGGUGAUCAACUCUGGAGGACGUCGCAUCGGAUGGGCCUUCAAGACCACCAACAUGAAGCGUCUUGGCGUUGACCCGCCGUGCGGAGUCCUUGACCCCAAGGAGCAGGUUCUGGUUGCCGUGUCGUGCGACUCGUUCCAUGGACGAACACCCCCCGACGGUGCCGCCAAGCAGUUCCGCCGCGAGUGGUUCCAGGGAGACGGCAUGGUCCGCCGCAAGAACCUCCCCAUCGAGUACAACCCC